AAACAACAGCAUUCCUCACAACCUAUGAAAGUGAGAGAGAAAAACAGAGGAGAAAGGAAGAAAAUGGAGAAGUUUCCAGUAGUUGACAUGGGGAAGCUUAACACUGAAGAAAAAACAUCAACCAUGGAGAUGAUAAAAGAUGCUUGUGAAAAUUGGAGUUUCUUUGAGUUGGUGAACCAUGGAAUAUCCACAGAGUUGAUGGAUACAGUUGAGAGAUUGACAAAAGAGAACUACAAACAGUGUAUGGAGCAAAGGUUCAGAAAAAUGGUAGCAAGCAAAGGUCUAGAGACUGCUCAGUAUGAAAUCAAUUACUUGGAUUGGGAAAGCACCUUCUUUUUGAGCCACCUUCCUCUCUCCAACAUUUCAGAGAUUCCUGAUCUUCAUCAUGACUACAGGAAAGCAAUGAAGGAAUUUGCAGUGGAACUGGAGAAAGUGGCUGAGCUACUUCUUAACUUGCUGUGUGAGAAUCUUGGGUUAGAGAAAGGGUAUUUGAAGAAGGUGUUUUAUGGAUCCAAGGGACCAAAUUUUGGAACAAAAGUUAGCAACUACCCUCCUUGUCCUAAGCCAGAGCUAAUAAAAGGACUGAGAGCCCACACAGAUGCUGGUGGUAUCAUUUUACUUUUCCAAGAUGACAAGGUUGGUGGACUUCAGCUCCUUAAAGAUGGACUUUGGAUUGAUGUCCCCCCAAUGCGCCAUUCCAUUGUCAUCAAUCUUGGUGACCAACUUGAGGUAAUUACGAAUGGAAAAUACAAGAGUGUGAUGCAUCGUGUAAUUGCUCAAAGAGAUGGUAACAGAAUGUCCAUAGCUUCAUUUUACAAUCCAGGCAAUGAUGCAAUAAUCUCUCCAUCACCAGCCUUAGUGAAGGAAUUAGAUGAGACAAGCCAAGUGUACCCAAAAUUUGUUUUUGAUGAUUACAUGAAACUCUAUGCUGGUCUCAAAUUCCACGCCAAAGAGCCAAGAUUUGAAGCUAUGAAGGCCAUGGAAUCCAACAUUCCCAUAACAACUGUGUAAUAUGUCUGAGAUGUGAACAUUAUUUAGUAUUUACUAAUAAAUUUUGUUUGUUUUGAUUAGGACGGAUGCGCCAGUGUAGCAUAAAUCUAUAAUAUGUCGUUUAAAAAUAAAAUAUUAGCUCGAUCUAAUAGUUUUGUCUGUCAUGGAUAAUUACAGGCACACUAGAAUGAUAAAAGUUGUAUAAGAAAUAAAGUUACCGUUGAAGUGGCCAAAUCCUUUAGUGAUAAUUAUUCAUGUAAUUUUUUAAGUUAA